AUGAAGAUUUCAAACUUGAUCAGUCAUCCACUCAACAUGUCUCGUCUGCCACGCUCACUCACUGAGCUUAUACUGUAUAGUGACUUCAAUCAACAUCUGACCAACCUCCCUCCCAGCCUCACCGCGCUGACAGUCAGCUCGUUCGCCUACCCCUUCACCGUGCACCAUUCAGCUUUGAAGCGACUGUACCUGCAUGAAUCGUCCAGCCUGGCCAACCUGCCCUAUCCCCAACUGCGCGAACUCACCCUUGGGUCGAUCAAUGAUGCUGGUCUGGCAUCAAUCAACUCGGACAACUUCCCCAAUUUGGAAAAGCUCGUAGCUGGAUUCAUUCAGACCACUGGCAUUGGACACAUCGACCUGUCGACAUUGCCCUCGUCACUCACAAGGCUGGAGAUGAACCCUCAUCGCAAUGUGGUAUCACUCCCCAGCAACGUCCAAUCACUCUCCAUCUCGUGUCUCAUGGUUGAGCCCGAUUGGUCAAGAUUAUGGUCGCCAGACACUUCGCUUCAUACUCUUGCAAUUGAUAAUUAUAGUCCAUCAUUGAAUGAUGGUGACAUUCCACUAUCAGUAACAUAUCUUGAACUUAAUAAUGAUGGUAGUAUAGAUUUUGAUAAUAUGACCUUGCCAUCAAUCAAUAGUCUAUCUUUACGUGGAUGUUCAAAUGAAUACUUGUUGAAUGUACUUGAACAACUACCAAAAACAAUUGGACGAUUGGACUUUGAAGUAAACUAUGUACCAUACAACUUCCGAAGAAUAACUUCAACAUUAUUCCUAAACAUUCGGCCAAACUUUGGACAGUCCGGCUUCAUCCGCCUAGACGACAUUCAAUCAUUCAUCAAC